UCGUUGGCGCACCGCAAUUCGGUUUCUCGGCUCGGUUUUUCGCGGUUUUCUCGGUUCGCUCACGAAUUCAGCUUUUACAGAAAUGGCCCUAGCCUUCGAUUUCGGUUCGAUCACGAAUGUGCUUUCCGAUCUUGAUCAAUCCGGCGUCCGUUGGGUUGGAAAGGCUUCGAAAUGGGGAACUGCCGCCGAAGCACAAGCCCUCAUCGAUGCCAUCGAUCGUUGCAAAGUUCUGCGCUUCCUGAACCUCGAAGGGAACACGCUCGGCGUUGAAGCCGCUGGUGCCAUUGCCAAAGCGCUAGAAAAGCAUCCGGAGCUGCAACAAGCACUCUGGAAGGAUCUGUUCACCGGACGCAUGAAGGAAGAGAUUCCAAUCGCAUUGAAGGCACUUGGCCAAGGAAUGAUAACAGCCGGUGCACAGCUAACCGUGCUCGAUUGCUCGGACAACGCGCUUGGUCCAAAUGGAAUGGUCGGUUUAGUAGAUCUCCUCAAGAGCGUCACUUGCUACUCGCUAAAGGAGCUCAAGUUGAAUAAUUGUGGCCUUGGCAUCGAGGGAGGUAACAUGCUGGCAAAGGCGUUACUUGAAGGGCAUACCGGUAGCAAGAUCAGCGGCAAAUCACUCGCCUUGAAGGUGUUCAUUGCAGGUCGUAACCGGUUGGAGAAUGCUGGAGCAAAGGCACUGUCGGAAAUGUUCGCCACUAUUGGUACGCUCGAACAGAUUGAAAUGCCACAAAACGGCAUUUACCACCCAGGCAUCACGGCCCUCUCGGAAGCGUUCAAAACAAAUCCGAACCUUCGUAUUUUAAAUUUGAACGACAACACCAUCGGACCACGUGGUGCGGCUGCACUAGCCGAUGCUUUGCCAUACCUGCAGCAGUUACGAGAGAUUAAUUUCGGCGAUUGUUUGCUGAAAACACGGGGUGCUCUACUGAUCGGAGAAGCUCUUCACGAAGAACAUUUGCAGAUCGAGCUUCUAGACUUUGGAUUCAAUGAGAUAGGACCAGAAGGUGGGCUGGCGUUGGUGAACGCUUCGGCCAACAAGGAGAGGCUUCGAUCGAUUGUCCUUAAUGGGAAUGCCUUCGGCGAGGAAUGUUGUGAACAAAUGGUAGAAUUAAUGCAUGACUAUGGGAGAGCAGAUGCUUUUGGGCCGCUUGAUGAAGAUGCAGGAGAUAAUGAAGAAGACGAGGAAGACGAUGAUGACGAAGAUGAAGAGGGCAGCGAAGAGGAAGAGGAGGAAGAAGAACCCAACGAAGAUGAGGAUAAUGAUGAGACCGAAGAAGAAACUGCCGAAGGAUAUGAUGAUGAACAAGCUCACGAAGACGAAGAUGAGGAGGAGUCAUUGUUGAUCCGACGAAGAGAUCACGCCGCCAACGAUACAUCGACUGUUUCUAUCGAUCUCGAUGCUACAUUACCCAAUACCAUCGAAUCGUUCUGCCGUGUCAACUUCCCGACGGAAACUAUGUUCCUUAGCCUUCCUGAUAACGACCUGGCAGUCGGUUUUCGCGAAUAUCUUCUUGAAGCAACAGCACAGAAUGAUGACUAUCUGACACACGUGGCAUUCACGAUUUUGAAAUGCUCAGAGUUGGCUGAACAGCAUCCGAAGGCUUUGGCGGUUGCGGUUGCACUGUAUCGCGAUGCAUUCGAGUACGCUAGGGCCAACCAAAAAAUGGCGAAACUGCGAAACUUUGUUUUAAUACAACUCGGGUUGCUUAAGAGCGAAGAACGCUACAAACCGACAUACAAUGUGCAGAGCUGUCGGUAUGCUCUCCGUAUGGCACUUAACCAACAGGCUGUUCCAGAAGAGGAGCAGACGAUCUUUCGCACAUUCCUCGAACGUAUGGAGUGAAAUGAAUGAAGAAGAUAAGAGAUGAUUGUAGUUAUUAAUCGCUUGCUUUUUAUUAAUAUUUUAUGUUACUGGAAAUUAAACAAAUCUCACUAGUAAAACAGAUUUCUUUACUGGGCACUAGGAUGAUUUGCAAGAAAAAUAAAACCAAAAACAAACACGCUAUAUCCAA